AUGCUUGAGAGCCUGCCGCAGUCCCUCUUGGGAUCAUAUGAGCUGGCUGAAAUCACCAUUGAUUAUCGCCGGGAGUGCGGGCAGGACGACGUGGUUGAGACACUUGCCAAGGAAAUCGUUUCGCCUGAUAUUUCACCUGAAGUUUCACCUGGGGAGGGUGCAGCUGAGAAGGUGGUGUCCUGUGCUGGUGCUACUGCUGCAGCUGCUUCUGUUGCUGGUAGCAGUGGUGGGAGUGUGAAUGGGACUGCUGUGCUGGAAAUGGAAAGAGGAAAUGGGAGUGUCGCUGCUGUUGCUGCUGUUGCUGCUGCUGUCGCUGCUGCUGCUGCUGUUGCUGCUGUUGCUGCUGCUGCUGCUGCUGCUGCUGGGGCUGCCCCUGCUGCUGCUGCUGCUGGGGCUGAGGGGUUGGUGGAAGGCGUUCAGCAGCAGCAGAUGCAGCAAUUUCUGCACCUGUUGCGAUCGCAGGAGUGCAAAAAGGAAAUCAACAAGGGAAGGACGAUCUGGAGGAAAAAGAGCCACUCAGACCUAACCGAAGGCACCGAGCCAGCCACCGAACCUGCAAGGUUAGCCGCCGAGCCUGCUGCCUUGCCUGCUGCGCCUGCUGCUUUCCUUGCGGCACCAACUGCAUUUUCUGCCGUGCUAACGAGUGAACCUGCAGUGUCGCCAACUAAGCCUGCGGCCGAGCCUGCAGCCUUACCAGCAGUGCCAGUCGCCAAACCUGCAGUAUUCCCUACCAAGCCUGUUGCCGAGCCUGCAAGGUUCCCCGCCGCACCUGAUGCCCUCCCUGCAGUGCCAACCGCCGCGCUUGCAGUAGUGCCGACCAAGCCAGCUGCCGAACCAGAUGAGUUGCUGACCAAUCCGGCUGCCGAGCCUGCAAGCCUCCCAGCAGAGCCUGCCGCCUUACCUGCAGUGCCAGCGGUGGAGCCUGCAAUGGUGCUGACCAACCCUGCUGCCGAACCUGCCACCUUCCCUGCAGUUCCAACCGCCGAGCCUGUAGCGUUGGUUGCCAAGCCUGCUGCCGAGCUUGCAAGAUUGCCUGCGGAUCCUGCUGCCUUUCCUGCAGUUCCGAUUGCCAAACCUGCAAGGUUGGUUGCCAAGCCGGCUGCCGAGCCUGCGAGGUUCCCUGCAGAUCCUCCCACCUUUCCUGCAGCGCCCACAGCUGAAACUGCAGCGCUGCCCACCAAGCCUACUCCCGAACCUGCAAGGCUUCCCACCGAACCUGCCGCCUUCCCUGCAGUUCCUACCGCCGAACCUGCAACACUACCCACCAAGCCUGCCGCCGAGCCUGCCACCUUCCCCGCAGAGCCUGCCACACUCCCCGCUGCCCUCCCCACACCAAAAACAGCUCCGGCGACAUCCGAAAUCAACCCAGCUGGAGCCACAUUGAGGUUUGGCGAGCCUCCAAAACUGGCUCGGGCGCCUGCCGAGCCUAUGUUGGCACCCGCACCGGCGGCCAAACCAGUCGAGGCAGUGAUGGGAGUGGAGGAGAGGGGGCCUCUGGUGCAGGGGUUGCGAGGGAGGAUGGCUGGAGGAGUGGAGGGCUGCAGGGCUAUGCCCUGUGCUCUGAUCUUGUAG